AUGGCGCCGGUGAGCGAGCAGCUGGAGCCUCGGGGCACAGAGGACCCCCCCUUCGCAGCCGCAGCCCCCCUGCCCGGCCCGCCACCAGCAGAGCCAGUGGCUGCCGUGGUGGCAGAGCCGCGGCGGGAGAACGGCGGCGAGUGCUACCCCGGGAGUGGCAGCCCGGCAGCACCGAGCGGUGAGAGUGGGGCUCAGCCGCGGGAGGAGACUGAGGCCCCUGUGAGUUCGGGAUGUCCCGGGAGCGCGGGACCUGAGCCCCCCGAGGGCGGCUGGGGCUGGGUGGUGAUGCUGGCCGCCAUGUGGUGCAACGGCGCCGUCUUCGGCAUCCAGAACUCGUCCGGAGUCCUCUUCGUCUCCAUGCUCAAGCUCUUCGGCGACGGGGAGGACAAGCAGAUGACGUUUAAAACAGCAUGGGUGAGCUCUCUUUCUAUAGGGAUGAUCUUCCUCUGUUCUCCAAUAGUCAGCAUAUUCACAGACCUGUUUGGCUGUCAAAAAGUAGCUGUUGUUGGAGCUGCAGUAGGAUUUGUUGGACUCCUUUCAAGUUCUUUUGUAAGCACCAUGGAGCCUUUGUAUUUCACCUAUGGAGUUUUAUUUGCCUGUGGCUGCUCAUUUGCGUACCAGCCAUCCUUGGUCAUUCUGGGGCACUAUUUCAAGAAACGCCUUGGACUAGUGAAUGGCAUUGUCACUGCAGGCAGCAGCUUGUUCACCGUGUCACUGCCCUUCCUCUUGAGAGUUUUGAUUGAUUCUGUUGGUCUAUACAACACCUUGCGGGUCCUGUGCAUCCUCAUGUUUAUUCUGUUCCUGGCUGGCUUUACGUACAAACCCCUUGCUUCCAAUGCCAAAGACACAGAGGGAGGAAAGAAGGGAAAGUUCAGAUUUCCUCCUGAAAAAAAGAUUUGUAAUUUCUCAGUUUUCAGAAUUCUCAGUUACCGAAUCUGGGCUUGUGGGAUUGCAGCAGCAAUUUUUGGAUACUUUGUGCCUUAUGUUCAUUUGAUGAAUCAUGUAAAAGACAGAUUUGGUGACAGUGUGCCAGAAGAAGUGCUUCUGCUGUGUAUGGGCAUUACUUCAGGAGUUGGCAGAUUGACCUUUGGCAGAGUUGCAGAUUAUAUUCCUGGUGCAAAAAAAGUUUACUUACAGGUGGCCUCAUUCUUCUUUAUUGGACUGAUGUCUAUGAUGAUUCCACUGUGCAAUGUCUUUGGAGCUCUCAUUGCUGUUUGUCUCAUAAUGGGCCUGUUUGAUGGGUGCUUCAUAUGCAUUAUGGCUCCUAUUGCCUUUGAGCUUGUUGGGGCUCAGGAUGUCUCCCAGGCCAUAGGGUUUCUACUGGGACUCAUGUCAAUACCUAUGACAGUCGGACCACCCAUUGCAGGUUUGUUGCGUGAUCACUUUGGCAGCUAUGAUGUAGCCUUCUACCUGGCUGGAGUCCCUCCCCUUAUUGGUGGAGCUAUAUUAUGUUUCAUCCCCUGGGUCCAUGAACGGCAGAACUUAAAAGAAAGGGUAAAACCUGUUGAUGCAGAAACUACUGAGAAAAUGCUGGAAAAUGAAAGCACUUUGGUGUCGAGCACUACAGAAAAGCCAGUCAAGGAAAUGGAAUCUGGGGUUUGAUGCUUUCUUUUCCUGUACCAGCCUGGCCACCUUUUACUGAAGCUAGACUUGUACUUUUUGGCUGAAGAUACUACAUGAUACUGAAGAAGUCUUGAACUAUUGCUCAAAUAGCAAAACUGCUAUAUGGGUGUUUUAUACCAUUGAACUUUUUUAUGAGUCAUUGAGUUUGAUUUCAAGCCACGUUUUCAAGGUAUUUGAAGAUUUGUAGCGUUAGUGUGUACAUGUGUAGUGAUUCUGUGUGUGAAGAGAGUAUUUUUUUAAUUCAUCAGAAUCUAUUUCUGGGAUUGUGAAAGCUGGUUUUGGUUCACUGACCCAGGAUUCUUCAAUAACUUUUUUGGUCCGUCCAAUGCAGGAACAGCCAUGGGUGUUCAUACUGGAAAAUGUAGUAGCUCUGACUGAUGUAGUUUUUGAAGCUUCUCAUGCUGUUUUACAGUCUUUUAUAAUUCUGUAUCAUGAAUAUGCAUAUCUUUAAUUCCCUUAACUCCUGCUGAAAUCAUCUUGCAUUAGAAAGCUAAAUUAUGAACCAUCUGUUUAAUUUCCUCUAAACAGCCUAGCCUGCUCAGUUUGCUUGAACAGUCCCCUGCUUUUGCAUUUGCCUUUUCACAGUAGCCCAAAGAAAGAACAUUAAGGAUGGAAUUUUUGAUGGGCUCAGGUUUUGAAUAUGUGCAAACUCAGCUCCAAGUGCAAACACAUUCAGAAGUAAAGCUGGUGAAUGAUAGGGGGUUUUUUAUUUGUUGAAGGCAAUACUAUUAAUGUAUAUGUGUGUGUUUGUUUUUAGCUAAACCGCAGAAGAGCUGACAGUUUGGAAACUGUACUGACAGUGAAACUUUGGAACAGUAUUGUGAAUUAGUCUAAAUUUCAAAUAAUUCUGUUGUACUUGUUACAUUUAUUUUUUUAUUCUUAAAACCAAGACAGCUUUAAACGAUACAUUCUAAGUGCAAUAGUAAGUUGUUUUUAAUGUCAAAAUAUACACAAGCUGUUAAAAAUGACAUUUAGUAGUUAAAGAUUUUUGUGCUAAGUGAACAUGCAGGUUUAUUAUAGGUCUUUAUAGCUGUGUUCAAUUGCAUGUAGGAUGUAGCACCAUAUUUUAUUAGUGUGUAAAAUGUCUUUGCCUCUCCUACUUCUUGCUUAACAUACUAAACAUACAGACCUGUUACUUAUGUAUUCUUGGGUAUUAUGCACUGUUUUUCAAGCAGGUGUUUCUGAAAACCUCUUUGAAAAACAUUUGAAAGCAUAAUAUUUUGAGAUGAAAACACUGCUUUUCAGUUUAUCAUUGAACACUUCCAAGUACAUUGUUUAUUUGUGGAUAUGGAUCAUCAAUGCAGUGGAAUACAUAAUCAUUCUUUAUUUCAGGUCUGUUCAAUAUGAAUAACUUUCAUGUUCUUGUUUAGAUAUGUCAUAGCAAAGACUAAGCUAAAUGUGAUCUGAAGACAAAAUGCAUAUUUAAGUGCAUUUUCUUAAUUAACAGCAAUAGCUGUUCUUUACAUGAACCACAGAGGCAUACUGUUUUAAGAUUGAUUUUUAUUGUUCUAUUUUAAUUAUUUUUUUCCAUAGUUGUAGUAAAAUGCUCAGAAGACCCAUGUACUUUUGUGAUAUAGAACACUGUAUUAGCAAUACUAUUACAUAGAAUGUUUACAUCAACUUACAAGUUCUUUAAAUAUAAUCAUGAAAAACAUCCUAAUUGUUGCAGAUCAAAGCUCAUACCUUUUAUAUACUGCAGAAUUUCAAUCCUUGUUUUACACGAGAGAACUAAAUCUUAAAAUGUUAGAUGCAUAUGGGAAGGACUUGACCAUAGCAAAAAAACACCAAACCAAUCUGUAAAAUUUACUUCGUAAGUACUUCUAAAAAUGUCAUUAAACUAUUCAUACUAUUAAUUAAAA